AUGAAGUCGACCUCGGUAUUGGCAACAGCCGUUGCGGCUUUAUCAACGGCAGUCCAAGGUCUCAACAUGGCCCCCAGGGCAGCUAAACAGACGGCUUCUGCUGUUCUUGCCGACGAUGGGAUAUCUCCUCGACCUACUCCCCCUCCCGGUUGGGAUAGAUUUGAGCCCGAGAAUCUGUUCAGACGAGCCACCACUAGCAAGACGCCGUUGACUAUGAUGAUUGCCCCCGACAACACUUGUGGUUUUAUCUCUGGCAGCUAUGCUAUCCCGUAUACUUGCGGCCGCAGCGCGACAUGUGGCAUCGUACAGGCUCAGCAGACCUUUUCGGGAAUGAUCAUGUGCUUUGACAGCCAGGCAUUCAACUUCCGAUUCGCAUGUGUUGAUAAUGCCAUGUACCAGUCAAGCUCUUGCGAUCAUCUGUGUGCCGAAAACACGCAGAUUCUCAAGUGCACGAGUACCGGAUUCCCAUACUGCAACACCAUUGCCUUCGCUGGCAACGUCACCGACUACUGGUGCAACUCAAUCAACUACUCCACUGCCCAAUUCGCCUACACCACCUACAAAGGCGAAACCGACGAGAGAAGCUACUCUCGCUUCGUCCAAAGCCUCACCACUUCGGCUGCUGGUACCCUCCCAGUUCCCACUGCUAGCGGUGGUGAAACAUCUACCGACUCGAGCACCAGCUCCUCAGCAUCAGCAACUCAAACCGGGGGCAACGGCGGCGGCGGCGGCGGUAGCAGCACUCCCGUCGGUGCAAUCGUAGGAGGUGUUGUCGGCGGUGUCGCCGCCAUUGGUAUCGGCCUCCUCGCCCUCUUCUUCAUCCUCCGCAGGAAGAAGAACGCUGCUGGCAAGUCGCAGCCAUCAUCGUCAGACCAGUCUCCCAUGCCGCCAAACGCUACUCCUGGCGCGCCCAUGACGCAAGCCUACUACGGCGGCUCGCCUCCUCCCCAGGGAUAUCCUCCUCAGCAGUAUCCCCAGAACACGCCAUCUCCCCCAGUGGGCUACUACCCGCAAGGCGCUCCCAUGGACCCCAACUCACCAACUCAGUCACACAUGACGGACCCGCGAAUGAGCCAUAUGACGACCAGCCCUGCACCGACUUGGACAAACUCGUACGGAACACCACCCCCAGGCCAGCAGCCCGCUGGAUUCCAACCCAUUGGGGGAACACCACCUGCUCAGGGGCAGCCGCAUACGCAACCUCAGGGUCCUGUGCAUGAGGCUCCCGCCCAGACUGGGGAGAACCACCGUGGUCAGAUGCAUGAGCUGGCUUAA